AUUCCCGAACCCUUGUUCAGCCCUGCAGCCACCGACGUCAUUCCAUCACUCCCCCACCACCCCUCCAUCUCCGCCCUUCAACCACAACCACCGCAACGCAACUAAUCCACCAACUCAAUCCACCACCCACCAUCCUCAACCCAUCAUUCUCAACCGCAGCACGACCGCAACACUUCAACAACCAUGACAGCCCUCCACCCCACCCCCUCCACCCCCUCCACCGCCAUCCCACGGUCCCUCCUAAUCAUCAACCCCAACUCCACGACGGCGAUGACGACCGCUUUAGUCCCGAUCAUCACCCCCCUCCUCCCACCCAGUUUCAGGGCAACGUACUUCACCGGCCCCCCCAGUUCCCCUCCGUCGAUCAACAACGAGGCCGACUCCACAGCCUCCGCGACCGCCUGCCUCCCGCUACUCCUCCCACUCCUCGCCUCCCACGAUGCAGUCCUAAUCGCAUGCUACUCCGCCCACCCCCUCGUCCCGCAGCUGCGCGCGCGCACCGCUGCACCGGUAAUAGGCAUUCUCGAGGCGAGCGUGUACUUCUCCCUUGCGCUGCUGGGGGCGUCGGGAGCGGCGGGCGGGAAGUUCGGCAUUGUCACGACGGGCGCGGCGUGGGAGAGCUUGCUGGCGACUGCGGUUGAGGAGUUGUUGGGGGGUAAGGGAAGGUUCGCGGGUGUUACUAGUACUGGGCUAGACGCGGAUCAGUUGCAUAGAGUUGGCAGGGAGGAGCUCGAAGCGAGGAUGGGGGAGGCGACGAGGAAGCUUGUGGGAGAGGGGGAGGAGGGGAAGGAGGGGGCGCAGGGGGCUGAGGUGGUUUGUUUGGGGUGUGCGGGUAUGGUGGGACUGAGGGAGGUGGUGGAACAGGCCGCCAAGGAGGUGGGGAAAAGCGUGAAGGUUGUGGAUGGCGUUGAGGCGGGCGUGGGCGUGUUGGUUGGGAUGGUGGGGAGGUAUUAAGCUGGGUGGUGAUGGGUGAAGGGAUACCAUAGGAGGAAUGGGGGAGGUGUGGAGGCAAUAUACUGAGCAUCGUUCUUGCGAUAUGAGGGAAUGCAGGUCAUUCGGAGCGCAUGUGUUAUCACUCGUAGAAAUGCUUAGAGAGGGAGGGCAGUAGAGUUCGUUCUCCAGCCUCAGGCUGGACGGCGUCACCAGCCCGGUUCCAUCCGACCACAAUUUCGGAGCCUGGAAUGGACUGGGGCUCGGGAAAUCCAGCAGAGUAAGCUGUAGGGCUAAGUCUUUGUAUUUUUCUAC